AUGUCGCCUCGAACAAGCGGUCUCCUCGACAGCGACGACUGGGAUGAGGUCAAGACGGACUCAGGCUCAGACUGGACGCUUGCAAAGUCCUACUCAUCCUGGAAACCAGCGGCUGCAGGCGGCAAAUUAAAACACAUCAUCAACACCACCAGAGCUGCUAUUCGCGCCAGAACACGGCCUCUAGAGAACCUCCGUCCAACAGCCUACCUAGAUGGCCUCCGAGGUUUUGCAGCGCUUCUCGUGUACUUCCAUCAUCAUGAACUUUGGGCACACGACAUCGUUGGCCAGAACGCAAUCCUCGAGAAUGCUUUCGGCUAUGGAGGAAAGCAUUACUUUGCAUCAUUCCCCUUCAUAAGGCAUUUCUUCACAGGCGGCCAUUACGCAGUAUCGACAUUCUUCAUCAUCUCAGGCUACGUCCUGUCGCUCAAGCCAAUGGGACUAAUUCAGUCUGGAGAGCAUGCACAAUUGGGCGAUGUCAUAGCAUCUUCGCUCUUCAGGCGCUGGAUUCGCCUUUACUUGCCUCUCAUCAUGUCCAUGCUCGCCUACAUCACACUACUACACAUCUUUGGCGUCUGGGUACGAAUCAUGACACAGCAAAAGAGCUGGUACGACGAGCUUUGGGCUUUCUACUAUGAGUUCAAGAACUUUAGUUUUGUCUUCAAAGAAGGUGGCGAGCCAUGGUUGACCUACAACCGCCACUUGUGGUCUAUCCCCAUUGAAUUCAAAGGAUCUGUCGUCAUCUUUACAGCACAGAUGGCGUUCUCUCGAUGUUCGAAGAAUGCUCGCCUCUGGUGUGAGACGGGCUUGAUAUUCUACUUCAUGUACAUCGCAGAUGGAUCAUUCUACUCCAUGUUCACAGCUGGUAUGCUGCUCUGCGAUUUGGAUCUUCUUGCCCGCAAGGGCGAUCUGCCCCGCUGGAUGGCACGUCUGGAACCUGCCAAGGAGUUCAUCUUUUACCAUCUCUUAAUCUUCAGCUUGUUCCUUGGUGGAGUACCAUCUGAGAACCGCAAUGUUGAGCAACUUGCCAAGAACAGGGGCUUCUACUACCUUUCGUGGUUCAAACCUCAAGCAGUGUUUGACUACAAAUGGUUCUACCUCUUCUACGCAGCUGUCUUCUUGGUUGCGUCUAUCCCUCGCAUCUUCUGGUUGAAGAGCUUCUUCGAGACGAGAUUUUGUCAGUGGCUUGGGCGUAUCUCGUUCGCUCUAUAUCUUGUCCAUGGUCCAGUGCUAUGGACUAUUGGCGAGAGACUCUACGUAGCAGUGGGGUGGCAGAACGAGGAGAUCAUGAAGAACAUUCCUCAUUGGGCGAACAAGCUAGCCCUGCCAAUGUCUGGACCCUUGGGGUUGGAGAUCUCAUUUCUCCUCCCUCAGCUGAUUCUCGUGCCCUUGACGUUCGGGCUAGCUGACGUCGUGACACGGUUUAUCGACACGCCUAGCGUCAAGUUUGCAGCGUGGUUCUAUAAGAAGGCGUUGGGGGAUCCAACUAGCAAGCAGGCCAAAGCGUAG